AUGUCCUCUAUCACCUCUCAUCACCCGCAGGCCCUCGUUUUCGAUCUGAUGGGCACUUGCACUGACUGGAAGACCUCUAUCUGCACCGCCCUAUCCCAGUCCCCGUCUCUCGGCCCACGCCUGGAAGCGAAACAGGCGGAAUUCGCCGCGGAUUGGCGCGCUGGGUUCUUCGACGAGAUUCACGCUCGAUUUCAAUCGGGCGCGGGCUCGGAGGAUAUUGACCUGACGCAUCGUCGUGUGCUGGAUCGCCUUUUGCGACAAUACGGGAUUGACGAUGCCCUCGUGGAUGAGACGGAGCGGGAGAGAUUGGUGCUCAGUUGGCACUCGCAAGUGGCCUGGCCCGAUGCAGUGGAAGCCAUAUCUCGACUGAAGGAGCAAUACACGAUGGUCGUCCUCGCCAACGGGACUACGCGACUGCAGCUCGACAUCAUCCGAUCGUCUGGCCUUCCUUUCCAUACCUUGUUCUCUUCGCAACUUUUGGGGUUGACCAAGCCGGAUCCCGCCAUCUAUCGCAAGGCCCUGGACCUGUUACAAGUCUCCCCGCACGAGGCCGCUAUGGUUGCUGCGCAUGCUUACGACCUGCGCGCAGCAAAGCAAGUGGGCAUGAGAACGGUAUAUAUUCGCCGAGACACGGAAGACCCCGACGAGAACAUGGAUGCGGUCCGUCGCGACGUAGAUCUCUUCUUAGAUCAUGACUCCAGCCAAGAUGUAGAUCGUGGCCCUUUGGUCAAAUUGGCGGACCAUCUCCUGUGA